UUACAUCCCUAAAUAGAAUUAAGAUAAAAUAAUAAUAAUAAUAAUAAUAAUAAUAAUUUUCACAUGUUAUUUUGCAGCAACCCUCCUCACCUCCUCGAACACACACACGCACAUACACAAAGAUGGCUUCAUCAUCAUCAUCAUCAUCAUCAUCAUCAUCAUCAUCCAUCGGUUCUCCAACCCGCAUUCGCAAGCUCAUCGCCGCCCAGCGCGACCCUCUCCUCGCCAUGGAGAUCCACUCCGUCGCCUCCUCCCUCCUCUCCGACCACCACCUCGCCGCCCUCCCCUCCCUCAUCCUCAAGCUCGCCCGCCACCGCCGCUUCUCCCUCUCCUUCUCCCUCCUCCGUCGCCUCCCCUCCCCUUCCCCUUCCCUCCUCUCCUCUCUCUCCUCCGUCUUCUCCUCCUUAGCCCGCCCCGAUCUCCUCCUCCUUCUCCUCCCCAUUCUCCGCCCUCCUCUCCCUCCCAAGCACCUCCACCGCCUCCUCCGAUCUCUCUCUUCCCACCCCUCUUCCCUCCCUGCCGCCCUCUCCCUCCUCCGCUCCUCCCCUCCCGACUCCCAUUCCCACUCCAUCCUUAUCCACGCCUUCUCCCGUUGUGGCCGCAUCUCCCUCGCUUACUCCCUCUUCAACCGUGUCUUCACCCUUGGUCUUACCCCCGAUCUCCAGGCCUACCGUUCUCUCAUGCAAGCCCUCUGCCGCAAGAGCCAGGUCUCCACCGCCUCCGAUCUUCUUGAAGAUAUGCUCAACAAGGGCUUCGUCCCUGAUGCCCUCACCUAUUCCUCUCUCCUCAACAGUCUCUGCCGCAAGAAACGGCUCCGCGAGGCUUACAAGCUUCUGUGCCGGAUGAAAGUCCGCGGUUGCAAUCCUGACAUUGUCCAUUACAACACUAUCAUCCUCGGGUUUUGCCGGGAAGGUCGCCCCUUUGAUGCAUGCAAGGUGCUUGAUGAUAUGCCUGAGAAUGGGUGCUUGCCGAAUUUGGUGUCCUAUACUACUUUGGUCAAUGGGUUGUGUGCUGGAGGGUUUGUUGAGCGGGCUAUGGAGUUUUUGGAGGUUAUGGUUGGGAAAGGACUGGUUCCGCAUUUUUCGGUAUUUCAUGGGCUUGUGAAGGGGUUUUGCAAUGUGGGUAAGGUGGAAGAGGCUUGUCGGGUUUUGGAGGAGAUGUUGAAGCUUGGAGUGGUGCCGCAUGUGGAUACAUGGGUGAUGGUUUUGGUGAGAGUUUGUUGUGAUGAUGAUGGAGAGAUGUUGAAACAGACUAGCAGUUGGUUUUUGAAGAUUGUUGAUGAAGAGGAAUGGAGGAGAAGGACAAAACUUGUGCAUUUGGGGACUGGUUUGGUGCAUUUUAAUUAAUUGAAAAAAUUGAGUAGGAAGAUGCAAUUAUAUUGAAAUUCCUGCUGGAUGAUAUUAUGGAUUCUGAUUAUCUGCCUCAAUGAACAAACGUCAACAAUCACAAUUAAGGUGGUGGUUGCUCAUCUUGCAAUAUUAUGUAUUCAUGUGAAGCUUAUCUGAAUGCUGCUGCAGAUUUUAUAGUUGAUGUAUAGACAGA